AUGAAAAAUGAUAACACAGUAGUUUACAAGAACAAUACUUGGAGCAUAUACAACAACAAGUCCAACGCCCCUGGGAAUAAGAAAAAAAGCCGAGUGGAAUACCUGACCCUGUUAGGGAAGGGACAACUGUUUGACGAAGCGGCGAACGAAAAUGAGGGUAAGCAAGGCGAAGUGACGGACAUGUACAUCUACACAGGCAAGGGAGUGGAAAAGGUGUCAAUAAACACAGCGACGAAAGAGAAAAAAAACGAAACGAAUAAAAACAAACGGUAUCAGUAUUUAAAGGAUAAAAUAACAAAUGCAUUAAAAAAUCAGGAAAGGAUAAAACAGAAUACUAGUGAGAGUGAAUUUCCAAGUGCUAACGAAAAUGACCCCAGAGAUGUCUUCAUUUUUGAUAAGCUUAAAAAUGAAAUAAACAUUAUCAGCAGCAAGGGGCUAAAAGAAGAGGAGCACAAAAAGGGAACGGAUGAUGCCACAGUGGAUACCCAUCCUUUGGAGGGAUCAUCAUUCCUGCAUACAGAUGGGCAUACAACGGAAGAUAUUCUUCCUGGUGCAGAUGUGCACGCCGAGGCAACUGCUUCUGUCACGUGCAACCAUGUAGGAGAAAAUUUCGGUUAUGUAGCAGACGACGUGGGGAUUCUACCAGGUCAAGGUGGGUACCGCCAUGAGGAUCAAUAUAGAGAGGAUGAGGAACCUCUGUACAAAAAAGACCAAAGUGAGCUUGCGAUCCAAUCGGAGGACCGCGCAAACCUUGACGAUGAGAAGAAGGGAACUCCAAAUGAGAUGCAACCCGCAGAGGAAACCUCCACCAAACCGAAUGGUGAGUUUUUUAUCUACACGGAAAAAUGUAGUGACAUCAGCAGCGAAACAGAUGAUGAAAUUUAUUCUGAGUCCGAAGUGGGUGCCCCCAAAUGGGAAAGCCAACCCGAAAGGGGAAACUUCAUGCCGCGUUUGAAGAACCAAACGAGGGAAGUAAAAAAGGGGGCAAGCUUUCAAAGAGAAAGAGUCGUGGAAAAGCGUAAAAAAGGGAGAGAGGGGGUGUACAAAUCAUACCGCGAGGGGGGGUCGCGCGAAAGGGGAGUGUGCGAAGGAGGAUCUCUCCAAAAAGGAUCUCUCCAAAAAGGAUCGCUCCAAAAGGGAUCGCUCCAAAAAGGCUGGCAUGAAGAAGGCCCUUACGAGAACAGCUGGAGCGAGGAUAGCCAAGGGGAAUACAGCCCGUACAAAGACUCACCGAGAAAACAUGUGAUGAGUGUCCAUCGGCGCGACGAAUUCCACAGUAUACAAAAAGAAAUGCACCAUCUCAAUGUGGAAAUGAACAAUGUAAAGGACAAAAUGAACAUAAUCAAUAACAAGAAAAACGGAAAAAUAAACGUGUUGAAUAAAAAAAUUAACAUUUUGAAAAACAAACUUAGCGAUAGUUACGUCAGUAAUCUAAACGACGACAUAAACAUUGUCAACAGUCAAAUCGACAUUUUAUUUAUAAAAAAAAUUAACAAAAUGUACAAACAGAUAGAUUCCUACGUAAAAAAUAUAAACGAUCAGAUAGUGAAGAAUUUAUCCUCCGAGAGGACUCUGGACUAUCUCGAUUCGUCCCUAUACAGUCACAUACAAAGACAAAUAAGCAACAUAAAGACGCAAGUAAGUAAUUUACAUGACCAGGUGAACAGUCACAUGUAUCAGCAGAAAAGCAACAAAAUGUUUAACCAAAUGAAUAGCCAAAUUAACAACACCAGUAAUCAAAUUGGUCGGCACAUUGGUGUCCUGCUGCAUAGGCAAAGAGGAGGACUUCCAACGAUGGACUCAAAGUGGAUAAUUCCAAAUGAUGAGGAAUGGAGAUAUCAGAGGAAAUCCAAAGGAUCACUCGAUGUGGAAGAAGACCUGUCUCUUCCGCAGCAUGAAAAAAAAAUGCACAAAAAAAAAGGCAUCGUUAAGAAGGAAGAUCAUCACCUCUACAGGGAUAACCCCUUUUGUAAGAAUACCUAUCACGAGCUUCACCCACAAAUUAAUUUCAGCAGUGCAGAUGAGGGUAGUGACGCAAAUGAGGACGCGGACUAUUAUAGCCGCUUCAGUAAACACCACAAUGGAGGUGCUAUUAACGUGGGAGAAUAUCCAAUCGAAGGAGACUCCUGUGUUUCCGACGCUAGUGUUACAAAGUAUGGAAUCCAUCGGGGGAAAACAAUCCGAGGCGGAAGCAAAGGGUACAACUCAAGUGAUAGCUGUAGAAGCAGAAUCUCAAAAAGGAAGAAAACGAGAAAUGAUAAUGAACCAAAUUAUAAUCACCUUAAACGGAAGAAGAAAUUAAUUAACCUCUUUAGUCGUAAUGUCAAGUGGGAAACUGAUAAGUGUGCUGAUGGCACGGACAAGGUGAAGCCUCAGUUGGAGAUCAACGCAGAUGGUGUGCGUAGCCGACCUGGCGUUGAAACAGAUGAGCACACAGGUCUACGUAGUCAUGAACAUCUAUCCGGAGGUAAAACUGUAAGCUGUGAAAAGGGAGACGGUUUUAUGCAUGACGAGAGACCGUCGGCGCAGUUCGGCCAUGAAAGUGGUAAAGUGGGUGUAGUCGAAGCGCCAGAAGUGAUCGAAGUGGAAGAAGUGAUACAAGCGGCAGAUGUGAUACAAGCGGAAGAUGCGAUCGAAGUGGCAGAUGUGAUCGAAGUGGCAGACGUGAUCGAAGUGGCGGACGUUGCCGAAGCCUCAGACGUGACAAACGUGGUAGACGCGGCCGAAGCGGAGGAACCUGCUGACAAGAGACCAAACGCAGAGGAGGAGUACCGCCCCUUCAGCGACCAGAAGCUAAUGUAUUUGAAAAAAAAAUUGAUGCAAUUGGAUUUAUUUAAAAGGAAUCAAAAACGGAAAAAUGAAGAGGAUGGCCUAAACAAUCGUGACAUGAAAACAGAUGCCAGCGAACAAGCAAAAGAAAAGGAUAAAAGGAUGGCCCCUAUGGAAGUAGCCAAUGAGUCGGAUAAAGCCAUCGAAUUAGUUUCUUACACAGAGAAGGGGGACACGUUACAGAAUGGCGCACAAUCAACGUAUAAAACGCACAAAUUUAUGUUUGUAGAGGAAAGGCAAGAAACGGAACUUGGUGGAUGCAGUGGCGACGCGUAUGGUAAUUACAAUACAAAACACCACUGGAAAUGGCAAGCUAGCCAAAACGAUAGGAGAAGGGAAAAUUACCCCACCGGAAAUAUGAACACUGCAAAUGAAUCCAAAGACUUCGCGUCGAUGUUUCAUAAAUUGGUUCACCAAGAAGGCGAAAAUGGGCAAAGCAAACAUAACGGGCAAAAUAGAGUACCCCAUUUGUAUGGCAACACCGGUGAGGAUAAAGUAGCUGACGAUUUUUGCUUCAGUGAGAAGUCCGCUUUCCUUCGAGAUGGUGACCAGCAGAAGGUGGACAAAGGAGGAAAUAACGUAGAUAUGUUGAGACAUUUUUUUUUUUUAAAGACGAAAUGA